UCCCAGAGCUUGGACAGGAACUUCUCCGCCAGCAUGACGCAGCAGAUGCAGAACCUUCAGCUGUCCCACAAGAAGAGCGGUGGACCUGCGUCUCCCAGCGCCGCCAAGCGCCUCUACCGCAACCUUUCUGAGAAGCUCAAGGGCAGCCACUCCUCCUUCGAAGAGGCCUACUUCUUCGGCCGCUCAGACCGCUUGCGCAAAGCCUCAGUGAGUAACAUGCAGAGCAGCGAAGCUCUUUUUGACGCUGUGGAGCAGCAGGACCUGGACGCUGUACAAAUCCUGCUGUAUCAGUACACCGCAGACGAGCUUGACCUCAACACACCAAACAGCGAGGGCCUGACCCCACUGGACAUAGCCAUCAUGACCAACAACGUGCCUGUGGCUAAACUUCUGCUCAAGGCUGGGGCCCAGGAAAGCCCACACUUUGUCAGUCUGGAGAGCCGGGCGGGGCACCUCUCCACUCUGGUCCAGGAGGCAGGCAGGAGGGUGAGCGAGCUGUCAGCUCAGGUGCAGAGUGAGGGGCUGAGCCUAGACAGCUCUGACAAGGACAAGCAGCUCAAGGCCUGGGAGUGGAGAUAUAAGCUGUACAAGCGCAUGAGGACCGGCUUUGAGCACGCAAGGACUCCAGAGGCGCCGGCCAGUGUGCGUCUGAGUGUGACCAGCAGCACAUCACUCACUGUCACCUUUCACGAGCCCCACAGCGUCAACUCUGCAGUGGUCACCAAAUACAAAGUUGAAUGGAGCUGUUUAAAGGACUUCUCCUUAUUGGCCGGAGAUCUGAUUCUGGAUAAUGUGCAGUCACUGAGGUGCACCAUCACUGGGCUAUCCACGGGAAGGGUGUAUUAUGUCCGGGUGUCAGCCUACAAUAUGAAAGGAUGGGGUCCAGCACAGUCAUCUUUCCCGCCGUCAGCUGCUCCUUCCAACUGGAAGGAGUGUGAGGGCAGAGAGCCCCGGCAUCGGGGCCACAUUGAGGCCAUGGAGAGGCUACUGCAGCAGGUCCGCGCCACACACCAGCACUACAGCUGCGGAGAUACAUCCAAGCUUCAGAAUCCAAGUCGGAAGCAAUCUGUUUCCAGAAGCCUUAAACAUCUGUUCCAUUCUUCAAACAAGUUUGUGAAAACACUUAAAAGGGGUCUCUAUGUGGCGGCAGUGUUCUAUCACAAGGACAGCCUUCUGGUGACCAACGAGGAUCAAAUCCCCAUUGUGGAGAUCGAUGACUCCUACAGCAGCUCCAUCAUGCAGGACUUUCUCUGGUUCGCCAAGCUCUCCUGCAUGUGGGAGGAUGUUCGGUGGCUGAGGCAGAGCAUGUCAGCCUCCAUGUCCUCAUCCUCCACCCUGCAGGCCCGGCAGAAGAUGCUGGCUGCCGCAGGGCAGCUCCAGAAUCUCCUGGGCACACACAACUUGGGCAGGGUCUAUUACGAGCCCAUUAAAGACAGACACGGCAAUGUUAUCCUGGUCACCAUCAGGGAGAUGGAGAGCCUCUACUCUUUCUUCAACGGGAAGUGGAUGCAGGUGUCCAAGCUGCAGAGUCAGAGGAAGUCCCUGUCCACACCCGAGGAGCCCACCGCCCUGGACAUCCUGCUCAUCACCAUACAGGACAUCCUGGCCUUUCAGAGGCGCAGUCAGCACCGCCUCGCCCCGGGGCUGUACCUGGGCUACCUGAAGCUCAGCAGCUCUGUGGAUCAGAUCAAGGUGCUGGUCCCUCAGAGAGUGCCCAACAUGCUGUGCCACUUCAAGAUCCGUGACAACUGGAACGUCUCCAGAGAUGAGUGGGACUGGCUCCAGAGGCUGUCUGGCCCAGUGUAUGUGGAAAGUGUGGAUCAGACAGCCGACAGCCACACUCCUCUCUUCUUCUAUGAGCUCCAGGUGGCUGUAAAAGGCUUUCUCAAACAAAUGAAUCUACCUCUUCACCAGGCCAAGCACUUCCGUCUCUAUACACAAGAGGUGCUGGAACUGGGGCACAAUGUCUCCUUUCUUCUCCUGCUGCCUGCCUCAGACGACGUCUGCACCGCCCCAGGACAGACUAAUCCUUACACCCUGCAUUCAGGGUUCCUCAACCUCCCUCUUCAAAUGUUUGAGCUAGUUCACUUUUGCACUUACAAGGAAAAAUUCAUCAGCCUUUACUGCCGCCUCUCCUCGGUUUUGGAGCUUGAUGCACUCAUUACCCAGCUGGCCUUGCGGGAGGCCAUCUUGGAUGCUGAAAUCGCAACUGCAAAACAGCGGCACCAGCACAUUCUAGACUAUAUUCAGCAGAUGGACGAGAUGAGAAAGGAGAUGCGCUGGAUCACGGACGCCCUUCAGUACGCCCGCUACAAGCAGCCCCUGGGGGGCGUUCCCAUAACGUGGCUGGUGGACUCCAAAAGCGAGAGCACCGUUCAGAAGAACGACUCCACCUCCUCCAACAUGGACUACCUGCCCACCCCCUCCCCGUCACCGGAGAUGCGCCGGAGGAAGGCUGUGAGCGAUUCGCAGCCUGGCUCGGAUGAAGAGGGCUGCUCCGAGGUGUUCCUCCCGACAGACAGCGACUACGAUUCGAGCGACGCACUGAGCCCGCGCGACCUCGACCUGGUCUACUCCUCUUCGCAGGACAUAUCCCAGCAGGCCGUGUGCGCGCUGAGCGGCAGCGCCCCGGACGUGCUGCACAUGCACGACGUCAGAUACAGCGUGUGCUCCAAGGACAGCCUGGAGGAGUCCUGCUCCCAGAACAUGGAGGGUCUGACGCUGGCCGGCAAGGCCGCGGAAAAGACCUCCAGCGGGAAGCUGCUGGCCAACCCGCCGACCAAGAGGAAGCUCCUGUCCAAGAGCCAGCCCGCCCAGCACAGCUGCUUCAGCGGACCCCACCGCUGGCUGCGGGUGCAGAGCGAGAGCCAGGCGUCCUCCCUGUCCGAGGGGGUCUACACGCAGCAACGCGACUCCGACCUGCCACUGGAGUCGGCCACAGGGGGCGCCGUCAGCAUUUUCACCGGCCUCCCGCAGACCACCUUCGUCACCCACGCCUCCUGCAGCCUGGAGGAAGGCCGGGCCGCUCAAAAGGAGCCCAGGCAGAACGUGCGCAGGAUCUUCGUCGAGCCCUGCAAGGAGACGUCCCCCAGCAAGGACGUGAGCGGAGUCAGAGCCGAGGCGGCAGCCCUGUACGACGGCUCCUCGGCUCAAGACGUAGACUCCGACGACCAAACUAAUGCUCAAGUGUCUGAAAUACUCAGCAGCACGCUCUAG